GAAUCGCAGCAGCAGCAACAUGCCGACGGAAAUCCAGCCCACGGAGUCUACGCAGGGUGUUUCAUCGAACGCUAGGUGCGGAGCCGUGGGCGAGGUUUACGGCGGACGGAAGCAGCCAUUGGGUUCCGUGAACAUCUGUCAUGCGGCGCAGGAGCCAUCUUUCGCCUUGGUACGGAAGCCGAGAGGAGGCUGGCUGGUUACGCGGCGGUGGGUCUCCACCCGAGAGUAUGGCGGCUGGGAGUGUGUUGGUGUGAGAGUAGGGAACGGGGAUAUGAAAAGGAGGAUGAAAAAGAAACACAGAGAUAGGACUUUUAAUACUUCUUAAAAAAACGUUUUAGCUAGUGUUAUUUAAAAUAUAAGUCCCCCCCUUUUUUUAAAAAAAAAAAAAAAGAAUCCGCUUGGGCUUCUCCCGGUUUUUCCAUAGGAGCGUCUGACACUGGAGCAAGUUUUGCUUUUUAUCAUGUUUUAGAAUGGUGGCUCCAUUAAAAGAAGCAUCACCAGCUGGAAAUUACGGACGUUUCCCUUUGCUUUCGGCGCAUCUCUGGAAGCCGCAGUCGCCUGGCGUUCAGUUACCGAUCGGUGUCCGCAAUGAAGUCCGUCUGCGGGCUGCGACUCUUUGUGUUCUGCCUGUUUAUCUCCCGUAGCUAAACUGAGGCGGCUAGUCAGCCCGUCUUUUAAAAUUAUUAUCCGGGGAAAUGAAACGCUAGUCGCAGCUAACAGUGUUUUUAUGCAUUACUGUAUUCCCCCCCCCCCCUCCCCCGUUUCGAUGUCCAUAGGAGAGUCUUAGUAUUUGCGCUCGUAUUGCAAUCGCCGACAUACAUUUAGGGAGCAAUGCGUGAGUAUAAAGUGGUGGUUCUCGGCAGCGGCGGGGUCGGAAAGUCCGCCCUCACCGUGCAGUUUGUCACCGGCACCUUCAUAGAGAAGUACGACCCGACCAUCGAGGACUUCUACCGCAAGGAGAUAGAGGUGGACUCGUCGCCCUCGGUGCUGGAGAUCCUGGACACGGCCGGUACGGAGCAGUUCGCCUCCAUGCGGGACCUGUACAUCAAGAACGGCCAGGGCUUCAUACUGGUCUACAGCCUGGUGAACCAGCAGAGCUUCCAGGACAUCAAGCCCAUGAGGGAUCAGAUCAUCAGGGUGAAAAGGUAUGAGAAGGUGCCGGUGAUCCUGGUGGGGAACAAGGUGGACCUGGAGAGCGAGCGGGAGGUUUCCUCGGGGGAGGGCCAGGCGCUGGCUGAGGAGUGGGGCUGCCCUUUCAUGGAGACUUCAGAGAGCAAGACCAUGGUGGACGAACUGUUUGCUGAGAUCGUGCGACAGAUGGACUACGCCGCCCAGCCGGACAAGGACGACCCCUGCUGUUCCUCCUGCAGUAUACAGUAGCAGCCGGGCUCGUGACGCUUGGGACACCAACGUAGAGAGACCCCACCUCGAGCAGGUCAAACGCAAAGACGAAAAACCACACACACCAACACACAGGACAGAUACCAGAGCGACCGGACACGUACUUACAGGAGAACAGGAAGCAAAUG